AUGUCACCACCAUCUUCUCCUGGUUCUGGGAAUUCUCAUUAUGAAAAUGCGUCUUCAAAACCUCCAGUAAGACCACAAUCACCAUUACAAAAAUCAAGUUCUUCAAUCUUGACAAUGUCAAAAUUAUAUCAACAACAACAAGAUGAAGGUAGUAUCCAUGGUUCUUCAACUUUAAGCGCUGGCGGUGGUUAUUCAGCUCCAAAAAAUCAAAUUUCUCCAGGUAAUCAUCCAGCUCAUUCACAUCGUUUACAUAGUCCAAAACCAUCAUCAUUCCUACCGAAACCUUCAGCUUCUCAACAAAAUAAAAAAUUACAUCGUCGUGUUUUAUCUGGUGGUUCAUUGAAAGAUGAUUAUUUUUCUACAAAAUCACAAAAAUCUAAUGGUUCUCCAGGUUCUCCAAAUUCUCAAUUAGAAGCUAAUCAAGGUCAAGGUAGUGCUGGUUCACCAGGUGCUGUUAAAUUACCAACUUUCCAAAGAAUGGAAAAUAUUGGAACUCCACCAGCUGAUGAAGGUCAUGAAAAUUUGAUUGCUCAAACUCAACAACAUAUUAGUGCUACUCAAGGUGGUAAUGGUUCUUAUAGUGAUAGUUCUCAACAAACUCAUGUUUCACCAAAUUUAAGUUCUUCAAAAAUUUUCGAUAGAAGAACUGCAAGAGCUCAAGAAUUUCAAGAUGAUGCAGAUCAAACUUUUAAAAGAGAAUUCAUGUCAAGUACAGAUCUUGCAGAAAACAAUGAUACAUUUGAUCCUGAAUUAGAUAAACAAUAUAAUGAUAAAUUAACAAAAUUAAAUGAAGAAAAAAAUCAGCGUAAGAAAAAUGUUGAAUUUUAUAAUAGUGAUGAUGAUGGAAGUGAUGUUGAUAUUAAUUCUGAUUCAAAUGAUGAUCCAUCAAAUGUCAAAAGAUCAAAAUCUACAAAGAGUAAAGAUGUAAAAUUAGAAAAACCUCAAAGAUCAAAUACUCAAACUUCAACAAAUUCUUCAAAUUCUUCAAAUUCUUCAAAUGAUGGUGAAAAAAUUGGUGUCAAAAAAUUAAAAAAUGCUUUUAAAAAAUUAGUUAAUCCAGAAAAUUAUAGUUCAGAUGAUGAAGAUGAAGAUUUUAAUAGAAAUAAACCACCUGAAGAUAAUUUUUUCUCAAAAUUUGUUAAUAUAAGUGGUGGUGGUCUUGCACCAGGUGCUUCAAGAGAAGAAGCAAAAAAGAAACAAGAUGAUGAAGAAGCUCAAAGAAAAAUCGUUAGUGAUGAAGGUGUUGAAAUGCAAACUUUAGAUCCUGAAUUAUUUAAAAAUGAAGCUAGCGGUAUUGUUGGUGCUCAUGGUGGUCGUCGUGGUGCUGCUGGUGCUUCAAGUUUUUUGAAUGCAGAUGAAGCAACAUUAAGAGAUAAUGCAUCAAUUCAUUCACACUCUGAAAGUUUUAAAGCGCCAAAUCCAGAUUUAUACUUGAGAGAUGAAGAUGGUAUCUUUGAAAUGAAUUUGGAUUCAAGUGGUGAUCAAUAUAUUGCUCCACCUGAAAGAGUUCGUGGUGGUGUUUUAUCAUCAUUAUUAAAAAUGUAUCAAAAUCCAAUGGAAGCUUCUAAAUCUCAACAAAGUCUUGGAGGUAUUUCUGAAACUGAUCCUUUCCAACCAAAUUCUGGUGCUGUUACACCAACAGAAGAAUAUCCACCUCACAGUGGUGGUGGUGAAACUUUAGCUGGUCGUUUGAAAGGUUUAGGUAAAAGAAAAGUUGCAAUUGAUGAAAGUGAAUCUCAAAGUGCUUUAAAUAGUAAAAAUCAAAGUACUACUGAUUUAGGUGAAGGUUCAUCAUCAUCUCAAAAAGGUUCUAAGACUGCAUUAGGCAAAUUGAAAAGUGGUGUUAAAAAUGUUGGUAAUACAGCUUAUUCGGGUGCUUCAUUUGUUGGUAAUACCGCUUACUCAGGGGUUUCAACAGCUGCAAACACAGCUGCAAAUGCUGCAAGUGCAUCAAGUAAUUAUUUACCAAGUUUUGAAAAAACAAGACCAAAACUGAAAAAAGGUGCUUCAAAUUUAAAAUUCAAAAAAGAACAAGCUCAAGCAAGAAUUACUGUUCAUAUUGCAGAUAUUUUACAAAGACAACGUUUUGUUUUACGUAUGUGUAAGGCAUUAAUGCUUUAUGGUGCACCAACUCAUAGAUUAGAAGAAUAUUUAACAAUGACCGCAAGAGUUUUAGAAAUUGAUGGUCAAUUUAUUUAUUUCCCAGGUUGUAUGAUUGUUUCAUUUGGUGAUGCUACAACAAGAACUUCAGAAGUUCAAUUGGUUAGAUGUCCUCAAGGUUUGAAUCUUUAUAAAUUACAUCGUGUUCAUAGAAUCUAUAAGCAAGUUAUUCAUGACUUAGUUGGUGUCGAAGAAGCUUCAAACGAUUUGGAUGAUUUGUUAUCAAUGAAACCUGCAUUCCCACCAUGGUUAUGUGCUUUAUUAUAUGCUUUCGCAUCAUCUAUGGUUACACCAUUUGCCUUUGGUGGUGGUUGGGUUAAUUUACCAGUUUCAUUCUUAAUUGGUGGUUGUGUUGGGUCUUUACAAUUUUUAAUCGCACCAAGAUCUAAUUUAUAUUCAAAUGUUUUCGAAGUUACAGCUGCUAUUGUUGUUUCUUUUGUUGGUCGUGCGUUAGGUUCAAUUGAAGGUUCAGGUAUUUGUUUUUCAUCAGUUGUCCAGGGUUCAUUAGCUUUAAUUUUACCAGGUUAUAUUAUUUUAUGUGGUUCAUUAGAAUUACAAUCUAGAAAUUUGGUUGCAGGUGCUGUUCGUAUGUUUUAUGCUAUUAUAUACUCUUUAUUCUUAGGGUUUGGUAUUACAUUAGGUGCAGCUCUUUAUGGUUGGAUUGAUAAGAAUGCAACUUCUGAAACAGUUUGUCAUGAACAAAUUAGUGAUUGGUAUAAAUUUCUUUUCGUUCCAAUGUUUACAAUUGGGUUAUGCUUAAUUAAUCAAGCCAAAUGGUUCCAAUUACCAGUCAUGCUUUUCAUCUCAUGUGCAGGUUAUGUUGUUAAUUUCUUUGCAGGUAAACAUUUCAAAAAUUCAACAGAAUUCACAGCUGCAGUUGGUGCUUUUGUUAUUGGUGUUUUAGGUAAUUUAUACUCAAGAAUCUGGAAAGGUCUUGCUGUUUCUGCCAUGUUACCUGCAAUUUUCGUCCAAGUUCCUUCAGGUAUUGCAUCUCAAGCUUCUUUAUUAUCUGGUGUUCAAAAUGCUAAUUCAUUAACCCGUAAUAGUACCACUUCUUCUUCUUCUUCAGCAACUGGAUCAAGUUUAAGUUUCGGGGUUACCAUGGUGGAAGUUGCUAUUGGUAUCUCAGUUGGUUUAUUUGCAUCAACAAUCUUUGUUUAUCCAUUUGGUAAGAAAUCUACAAGUGUUUUUACUUUGUGA